GAAUGAACAGCACCUGAGGUCCACUCAGAAGAAAACGAAAUUCAAUAGAUCAAGUAUAAAAACGAUGAAGUGUGCAAUUAUUUUGUUUGCUCUCGGUGUCGCCAGCGUUAGCGCUCAGGCCCAGCCGGUGGCUGGAGGUUACGGUCCUGUCAAUCCCUUUGCAGCCUCAAAUCCUUAUGCGGUUGCAUUUAAUCCCUACCUUUCUGGUAUUUUCGGAGGCGCUAUCGGCGGAACUAUCGGAGGAUCUGGAGUUGGCGUUAGUGGUGGCGUAGCUACUGCUCCACCAUUUGCUGGCCUAUCCAUACCUGUGUUUUUCCAAUCGAUUGUGUUGCAAAGGGAGGCUGAGCGUUUGCUCACCCAAGUCGGUUUUCCUACCGAUCUGACGGAGCGCGUCCAGGAUGUGGUGGCCGAUACACAGGAAGGUUUCGCAGGCUGCCAGACACCAGGCUCACUGCCUUGGCUGCAGAUACGCUGUGUCAAGCCUCUAUUGACUGCUGCCAAGGACCAGCUGAAGCUCAUCGACGAUGAGUGGCAAGCGCGCCAGGCUGCUGCUGCUGCUUCAAGCACUGUGGCUCCUAGCAGUGCAGCGGCUUAGGUCGCAAAUGAGAAACUUUUUGUAACAAUAAUACACCAACAUAGAUUCUUUGUCCAAUAAAUAACAACUUAUGAUUUCAUCGAAGGUA